CCGAUGCGGCGUAGCAAUUCCAGUUCAACAGUUCGGAAAUCAUCAACAUCGUCUACCCCUCCUAUACCCUCUCAUGCAGCUGCUUCGAUACCCGCUCCCACUGAUUACGCACAUCCUCCACUGACGAUGCUGCUCACCCUUCUGUCGCCUCCGCCGCUCUCAGCGUCCACGGCAAUGGCACAGUCAACACCCGCCACAUCCACCUGGACAUCUCUCGCGCUGACAUAUACCCUCUCGCUCCCAUUGACAUUCUUCGAGCCGUUCGUCUCGCGGCUGCUUCCAUACCUAUUGUAUACACACGUGCUAUCUGCGUUGCGGCUGACAGAGAUUGUCCGCGCCGCUCGCCGGGCACUCUUUCCUGAAGGUUGGCCAGGACCUACACCGCCGGAACCGACGCCAGAAGAGCAGGUGGCCAUACGUACAGAGCUCAGGCGACGGUUGCUUGCUGCCGUGCCAGUACCUCUGGCUGUCUUCCUUGGUCCUACGCCCGAGGCGCGAGCAUAUACGAUUGACGCAAUGCUCGACCCUCUCUCAUCACAAGCCUGCAACGCGCAUCUCACACUGUUCAUCCUAGACCUGGUAUUGUUGACUGUGUUCCCCGAGUUGGGUGCAAGUGAGACGGCCGCGGCGGCGGUUACGGAGGGCAGUGUGGACAGGACGGGUGCCACCUAG